GAGAGAGAGACAGCAUGUGCGCAUGUGUGCAGGGGCACGGGGGUGGUUGGGGCAGAGGGAGAGAGAGCAUCUCAAGCAGAUCCCCCACUGAGCAUGGAGCUGUCUUGGGGCUCGAUCCCACGACCCUGAGAUCAUGACCCGAGUUGAAACUCGGUGUCGGACACUUAACGGACUGAGCCACCCGGGCGCCUCUGGCUAUACUUCUUAGCAGUGUGACUUCAGACAAGUUACUUCAUCUCUCUGUUUUCUGUCCUUCUUCUGGAAAGUGGGGGUGAUAAUAGCAGCUGCGUCACGGGGUUGUCAAGGGAAUUAAGUGAGACCGCUCAUGUAAUCCUGCUCCUCUCAUCCACCCCAGGAGGUGGGCUCAGAGAGGUGAAGCAACUGGCCCACGGUCACACAGGUAACAAACAUACGGCACACCCGGUAAUCUGGCUUCAAGUCUGUGCUCCUAACCGUCCCCUCCGCUGCCCCGCACACGCACACAGGUUAGUUCCUGCGAUGAUCUUGAAAGAUCCCAUUAGGCAGAGAGUGAACCAGAGGGAAGGGCCCUCGGGGCGGGGGACCCUCCCUGCACAGAGGCCUGGAGGGCAGCUUGGAUAUCCAGCAGGGAGAAAGUGGAGAGGCAGGGGACGGCCAAGGUGGGGCAGGGCCAGCCAGCUGGGUGAGGAAAUUGAUGCAGGUGAGAGAAGUGGGGGGGGGGCGUGGGGUGAGGGUGCAGGGCAGGGCCGGGGCUUGAGGCCAUGGGGCUGGGCUUUCCCUGGGCUGGGAGUGGCAGCUUUGGGUCAGGGCAGGCUCCAGCCCCUGGAGGAGCCACCCUCCACCCACCUGAGACUGCCUGAGUUCCAGCUGCCGUUCUGGCUGCUUCUGCAGGCAAAGGAGCCCUUGUGGUUGGAGGGGCCUCUUGAGCCCGGCCAGGCCGCUCCCUCCCUCUCUGGGCACACACACCUCCAUUCAGCUCGGGCCACGCCCCCCAAGGGGGCUAGGGGCCCGCGUCAGUGGGGGCCGCCUGGCUGGGAGGCCGGGCAGCGAGGUUGAUAAGACUGGGACCCCACUGGCCCCCAGCUACUGUGCCGGCUGCUGCCCGCGCUGCCAGCACCAUGAGGCUCCUCUCUGGCGUCAGCCUCGUGCUGUGCGGCCUCCUCCUGCUCCAGGCCCCGUGCGCGCUGGGCCUCACCCCCCAGGCCGGAGGUGAGGGGGUCCACGUGAGGUGGGGGACGCUGGGUGAGUGGCACUUGGUGUCAGACUUGUGUGCCACAGGAGACCACGACUGUGAGCAGGUGUGCCUCAGCUCCCCGGGCUCUUACACCUGCGCCUGUCGGGAGGGCUUCACCUUGAACAGUGAUGGCAAGACCUGCAAUGUCUGCAGUGGCGGUGGUGGCAGUUCGGCCACUGACUUGGUCUUCCUCAUUGAUGGAUCCAAAAGUGUGCGGCCGGAGAACUUUGAGCUGGUGAAGAAGUUCAUCAAUCAGAUCGUGGACACGCUGGACGUGUCAGACAAACUGGCCCAAGUGGGGCUAGUGCAGUACUCGAGCUCCGUGCGCCAGGAGUUCCCGCUGGGCCGCUUCCACACGAAGAAGGACAUUAAGGCGGCUGUGCGGAACAUGUCUUAUAUGGAGAAGGGCACCAUGACUGGGGCUGCCCUCAAGUACCUCAUUGACAAUUCCUUCACUGUGUCCAGCGGGGCUAGGCCUGGGGCUCAGAAGGUGGGCAUUGUCUUCACUGAUGGCAGGAGCCAAGACUACAUUAACGAUGCCGCCAAGAAAGCCAAGGACCUUGGCUUUAAGAUGUUUGCUGUGGGUGUGGGCAAUGCCGUGGAGGACGAGCUGAGGGAAAUCGCCUCAGAGCCCGUGGCAGAGCAUUACUUCUACACGGCUGAUUUCAAGACCAUCAACCAGAUUGGCAAGAGGUUGCAGAAGAAGAUCUGCGUGGAGGAAGACCCGUGUGCCUGCGAGUCCAUUGUGCAAUUCCAGACCAAAGUGGAGGGGCUGCUGCAGGCCCUGACCAGGAAACUGGAAGCUGUGAGUAAGCGGCUGGCGGUCCUGGAGAACAGAGUCGUCUGAGGCUGCCUGUCCCCGCCACGGCCUCUCUGUCUCUUCACCUCAAGCGCAGCCCGCCGAGUCCUGCGUGUGUCCCCUAGAUCCCCGAGUGUAGUCUAGCUUUGCCAUUUCAGUGAGGGGUUUGGGAGGGGCGGGCCCUGAGGGCACCAGGCCUCCCCCUCUUCCUCCAUCCUGCCAGCCCUGCUGGGUGCGGGUGUGAGUGUGCUAGGCGCGUGGCAGCGUCUGGGAGCACGUGUGUGUGCGUGUGUGUGCGUGAGUGUGCCUGAGGGCGGGCCUGUAUCUGGAGCAGGGAUGCAUGUGUGUGAGUGAGAGCACAGGGGUGAGUGUGAGAGGGACUGCGUUUGCAUUUUUUCAAUCGAAAGCCUAAUAUAUUCCUAUUUUUUUUUUAGUUAACCCUUCCUUGACUGAGAGUGCUGUGAAUCUCUUUCCUGAUUUUUCAAUUCCCUUUUGAAAAACAAUUAAAUAUGA